AUGGAGGACCUCUUGGAUCUGGAGCUUGAGCGCAUCGAUAAAAUGCCCAAAUUGGGGCUCAUGUGGGUGGAAUACAGUGCCUACUGCUUGGGCGUCAAUAUUGCACCACGAAAACGAAGCUCAAAGUAUUGUAAACUGACUCGCAUAGUUGUGGGCUUGGUCAAUUUGCACAUUAUCUACAGUUUAAUAGCCUUUAUUAUGGCCAACUAUCACAUCUCCUUUGAGGCCUAUGUUGAGGCAGUGCUUUUAACUUUUCAACUCAGCGUUGGUAUGGUCAAAAUGUUUCAUUUUCAGAACAUGGUGGAACAAUGUGCAAGUUUGGUUUUUUCAACGGAAUCGGGUCAGGUUCUCAAAUCGUUGGGAAUCUUUGAGUUGGAUUUGCCUAAAAAACAGGAACUUCUUAAAGCUUUAAGAUUAAUUCUGCUCAAUAAUUGGGUUAUCAUCGAUAGACAGGUGAUGUUUUUCUUCAAGAUUGUUUGCAUGCCAGUUCUGUAUUAUUGCUGCCGACCCUACUUUCAAUAUAUAUUCGACUGUUAUAUAAUCAGGGAUACGUGUGAAAUGACUUUAACCUAUCCUGCAAUUGUUCCUUUUAUACAAAUAGGAAAGUAUGAAUUUCCUUCCUAUGUGAUUCGUUUCUUUUUGUUGCAAUCGGGUCCCCUUUGGUGUUUUUUUGCUGUAUUUGGUUUUAAUAGUCUCUUUGUUGUCCUCACCCGAUAUGAGUCUGGUUUGAUUAAGGUAUUGCGUUUCCUAGUGCAAAACUCAACGUCUGAUGUCCUGGUUCCAAGAAAAGAAAGAGUGAAAUACCUGCGAUGCUGUGUGAAGCUCUUUGCUCGGAUUUCCAAGCAUCAUAGUCAAGUUGAAAACCUCUUCAAGUAUAUCAUCCUAGUCCAGUGUUCAGUUAGUAGCAUUUUGAUCUGCAUGCUGCUUUAUAAAAUCAGCACAGUUUUGGAAGUUGGUUGGGUUUGGAUGGGUAUGAUUAUGGUUUACUUUGUGACCAUUGCUCUAGAAAUCAGUUUGUACAACCUCAGUGCUCAAAAAGUAGAAACACAGAGUGAACUUCUUUUCUAUGACUGGUACAAUUGCGCCUGGUACAAUGAGUCCAAAGAAUUCAAGUUUAUGAUCAGAAUGAUGCUGCUCUUCACGCGAAAAACCUUUAUCCUGAGCGUAGGAGGAUUCACCAAUCUCUCCCACAAGUUUCUGGUUCAGGUCUUUCGAUUGAGCGCCAAUUUCUUUUUGUUGCUACGAAAUAUGAAUAAUAAAUAAAAU